AGAUAAAGUCCCCACUCCCAGACCAGUUUAACGUAACUUGCCUAGCGGUAUUGAAGACGCGUAAUGUCGCAAGUCAUGGAUCCAAUCUAUUUGACCAAAGGUAUCCGGUCUAUGUUUUACAUGGUCACACCAAACGAGUCAUCUUUCGAACAUGUGGAAGAUGUCCCACUAUACGUGCAACAGGCCACUCCGUUCUUCAUUGGCUUGAUGGCUGUUGAGUUGGUGGUGAGCCUGCUGAAGGAUGACGCACCAGUGGCUGACUUUGGUGACUUUGUCACCUCAUUGUCAGCUGGUAUCAUAUCCCGAAUGCCUGCGCUUUUUGCAAGAAGUAUCGAAGUAACUGGUUACAUCUACGUGUGGAACAACUUCCAUCUGCUAGAGCUGCCCUGGGACUCUGCCUGGACAUGGUGGCUGGCGUUCCUAGGGGUGGACUUCGGCUACUACUGGGUCCAUCGCUUUGCUCAUGAGCUCAACAUUAUUUGGGCAGCCCACCAGGUCCACCACAGCUCAGAGUACUACAACCUUUCCACUGCCCUCAGACAGUCCGCCACGCAGCAGUUCUCAUCAUGGGUGUUCUAUCUCCCCAUGGCAUUGGCUGUACCUCCCUCUGUGUUCGCUGUUCACAUUCAAUUCAACCUGCUCUACCAGUUCUGGAUUCACACUGAGUUGAUCAGAGAUAUGGGACCGCUGGAGUGGGUCCUGAAUACUCCCAGUCACCACAGAGUUCACCACGGGCGAAAUGAAUAUUGCAUUGAUAAGAAUUAUGGGGGAGCUUUGAUCAUAUGGGACCGACUGUUUGGUACCUUUGCUCUAGAGAGUCACAAAGUUGUCUAUGGUCUAGUAAACCCAAUAAACACAUUUGAAAUCAUCUAUGUACAGUUCCAUUACUACAAAUACUUGUGGAAGAGCUUCAACAGAUACACAACAAUAUUUAAUAAAUUGGGCGUUCUUUGGAAAGGACCAAGUUGGAAACCUGGCAAACCAAGACUGGGGGAUCACUCAGAGGUGCCUGAGGUUACUGGAGAGGAGCUGCCAUACAGUCCCAGCUGGCCUCUGGCUCUGCAGGUCUACGUCUGCCUACAUGGUCUGAUGUUGUUGGGGUGUUACCAGGAUCUGUUUCAAUCACAGCUGGUGCUGCCCCAGUUAACAGUUCUGAUGAUGACUGGCUACAUUCUGUACAGUCUGACCAGCUUUGGGUUCAUCAUUGACCAAAGGCCAACAGCUUCCAUGUGGGAGUUGCUGCGCUGUAUAAUGAUGGUGAUGCUGCUGAGAUAUGGCUACAUGACAGUACCGGGACCACUGGCUGGACUCAUAGAGGGAUUGAACAUUUGCAAGAACAAAUACUUGGUAAUGGCGGAUUGCAGUAUCUCAUCCAAGAUCUACAUAGGAUACCGACACGUUUGUCUCUCUUCUUUCUCCUCCAUCUGCGUUUUAGUUAACAAAUCGGCGGCAGGACAAAGUAGUCGCAGCAAGUUCUCUGGCCUCUGUCUCCCUCUCUCUGCUGUACUGGGGCCUGCAGAUUGUCAGCCAACUGGUCUCAGUUGA